CUCCAGCCAGUCUGCACAUUUGCCUCCCUCUUGCUCUCAUGCUCGUGAACUUCCUUCAUGUCUAUUUUUAGCUACCCCUGGCUCAAGCGUCUUCAGGCCACUGAGACACAGCCCUCACUCACUCUCUCGCCCUCUGGCAUGUGUGCUGCUGACAGGAGCCCCCCCAGGUGAAAACAGCAAAAUCCCUUCAGUGUUCCUUCCUCAGGACUCUCAGCGACCCAGACUGAAGCUCUGUGCCGAAGAUGGGCAUCAACCGUCGGUCUCCUGGCAGGUUCUGAACCUCCUCUGGCUGGAUGUGGACACUUCUCUCUCCCAUGACUGAGCCACCCCAACUUCCCCUUUGCAGUGGCUUCCCUUCCCCACAGGUGGUUGGGUCCUGUUUGCCUUAAAGCUCUCUCCCUCCCAAAGUGGCCAUGCCUACCGUCAUUAGCCCCAUAGUGGCCCCUCGAACAGGGGCAGAGCCCAGAUCCUCUGGGCCGGUCUCCCACCCAUCCCAGAACAAGACCACUGAAGCAGGGGGCGGAAACCCCAAUGGCAUCUACUCAGCCAUCAUCAGUCGUAAUUUUCCCAUCAUUGGAGUGAAAGAGAAAACAUUUGAGCAGCUUCGCAAGAAAUGCCUGGAGAAGAAGGUUCUUUUUGUGGACCCGGAGUUUCCACCAGAUGAGACCUCCCUCUUUUACAGCCAGAAGUUCCCCAUCCAGUUCAUCUGGAAGAGACCGCCGGAAAUUUGUGAGAAUCCCCGCUUUAUCAUCGGUGGAGCCAACAGAACUGACAUCUGUCAAGGAGAUCUAGGGGACUGCUGGUUUCUCGCGGCCAUCGCAUGCCUCACCCUGAAUGAGCACCUGCUGUUCCGUGUCAUACCCCAUGACCAGAGUUUCACAGAGAACUAUGCAGGGAUCUUCCACUUUCAGUUCUGGCGCUAUGGGGACUGGGUGGAUGUGGUGAUUGACGACUGCCUGCCGACUUACAACAACCAGCUGGUCUUCACCAAGUCCAACCACCGCAAUGAGUUCUGGAGCGCUCUGCUGGAGAAAGCUUAUGCUAAGCUCCACGGUUCCUAUGAAGCUCUAAAAGGCGGGAACACUACAGAGGCCAUGGAAGACUUCACCGGAGGGGUGACCGAAUUCUUUGAGAUCAAGGAUGCUCCCAGAGACAUGUACCGGAUCAUGAGGAAAGCCAUCGAGAGAGGGUCCCUCAUGGGCUGCUCCAUCGAUGAUGGCACCAACAUGACCUAUGGAACCUCUCCUUCUGGGCUGAACAUGGGGGAGUUGAUUGCACGGAUGGUGAGGAAUAUGGAUAAUUCACGGCUCAGUGACUCAGACCUCCUCUCAGAUGACAGGCCGACUCGGACGAUUGUUCCUGCUCAGUUUGAGACAAGGAUGGCCUGUGGGCUGGUCAAAGGGCACGCCUACUCCGUCACUGGGCUCGAUGAGGCCUUAUUCAAGGAUGAGAAGGUGAAGCUGGUGCGGCUUCGAAACCCCUGGGGCCAGGUGGAGUGGAACGGGUCCUGGAGCGACAGCUGGAAGGACUGGAGCUUUGUGGACAAAGAGGAGAAAGCCCGUCUGCAGCACCAGGUCACAGAGGAUGGAGAGUUCUGGAUGUCCUACGAAGAUUUCAUUUACCAUUUCACAAAGCUGGAGAUCUGCAACCUAACGGCCGAUGCCCUGGAGUCUGACAAGCUUCAGACCUGGACGGUGUCAGUGAACGAGGGCCGCUGGGUGAGGGGCUGCUCUGCUGGAGGCUGCCGAAACUUCCCAGACACUUUCUGGACCAACCCACAGUACCGCCUGAAGCUGCUAGAGGAGGACGAUGACCCCGAGGACUCAGAGGUGAUCUGCAGCUUUCUGGUGGCUCUGAUGCAGAAGAAUCGGAGGAAAGACCGGAAGCUGGGAGCCAACCUCUUCACCAUAGGCUUCGCCAUCUAUGAGGUCCCCAAAGAGAUGCAUGGGAACAAGCAGCACCUGCAGAAGGACUUCUUCCUAUACAACGCCUCCAAGGCCAGGAGCAGGACCUACAUCAACAUGCGGGAGGUGUCAGAGCGCUUCCGCCUGCCUCCCAGUGAGUACGUCAUCGUGCCCUCCACCUAUGAGCCCCACCAAGAGGGAGAAUUCAUCCUGCGUGUCUUCUCUGAAAAGAGGAACCUCUCUGAGGAUGUUGAAAACACCAUCUCAGUGGACCGGCCAGUGAAAAAGAAAAAAGCUAAGCCCAUCAUCUUCGUUUCGGACAGAGCAAACAGCAACAAGGAGCUGGGUGUGGACCAGGAAUCAGAGGAGGGCAAAGACAAAACAAGUCCUGAUAAGCAAGAGAAAUCCCCACAGCCACGGCCCAGCAACAGUGACCACGAGAGUGAGGAACAACAGCAGUUCCGGAACAUUUUCAGGCAGAUAGCCGGCGACGACAUGGAGAUCUGUGCUGAUGAGCUCAAGAAUAUCCUUAACACAGUCGUCAACAAACACAAGGACCUGAAGACGCAGGGGUUCACACUUGAGUCCUGUCGUAGCAUGAUUGCGCUCAUGGACACAGAUGGUUCUGGAAGGCUGAACCUACAAGAGUUCCAUCACCUCUGGAAGAAGAUCAAGGCCUGGCAGAAAAUCUUCAAACACUAUGACACCGACCACUCUGGCACCAUCAACAGCUAUGAGAUGCGGAACGCAGUCAAUGAUGCAGGAUUCCACCUCAACAACCAGCUCUAUGACAUCAUCACUAUGCGGUACGCGGACAAGAACAUGAACAUCGACUUCGACAGCUUCAUUUGCUGCUUUGUCAGGCUGGAGGGCAUGUUCAGAGCUUUCAAUGCGUUUGACAAGGAUGGAGACGGGAUCAUCAAGCUCAGUGUUCUAGAGUGGCUACAGCUCACCAUGUAUGCCUGAACCACGCCGGCCUCACCCACGCCCAGGCAGGAGACGCAGGAUUUCCAAGUCACCCAACUAGCUAGAGCCAUUUACCUCAAAGGAAGCAGCAACUGUCCCUCACUGGGCUUCUAGUGCCGCUCCCUCCUUCCUCUACUUCACUCUUCAUCCAACCUCAGGGCAUCUGUCCAUCUGACAUGGCAGUUCAACCUAACUUUGAGUUAAGGAAUUAGGGAAGGAGAACAACUUAGUCCCUCUGCCUCAGGGAGGCUGGGGCUCUGUCUUGCCUCAGCUAGUGGAAGCCCAGCUGAGAGCUUCUGCCAGAAUCUCAGCAGCUUUGGUGCUGAAGAAAACGCUCUCCCCUUCAGCUUGCCCUACAUGUUCCCAGAAGCAUUUACCAGUAGCAGCCAGUAUUUCCUGUGCUGGACCCCUCAGCACAUUUAUGCUCUCCAAGCAGCAAACAGUAAGCACACCAGCAUUUGAUUCUGCCUGAUUACUUCAGGAUGGGCCUGUUCCGGGUUACAGUAGCUCAAUGGAAAAGAACUGGACACUUUGGAUUGUCUGACUCCUAAGUUUGGCUACAUUCUGAAACCAAAAAAAUUGUUGACCUGAAUAAAGGCAUGUGUAUGUUUGGUUCAA